GCAGGCAGGCAGGGAGGCCGGCGGCGGAGGGAUCCCGGCGAGCGGUGCUGCGGCCGGGCCGGGUGAAUGGGAUUGAAGAAGAGUUCAGCUUCUCGGCUUGUUUUUGUGUCACAGUUUCUCUCCUCCUGCGCCUCUCCGGCUUCGUGCCUCCCUCCCCGCCCGUCCCCCCCUCCCCGCCGCAGGAGGAGCCCCCCGCGGAGAGGGGGAAGGAAAAGGACCCCACAGAGGCGAGAGCGAGCGAAGAGGAGGAGGAGAAGGGAGCAACCUACCAUCUUCCACUCCCCGCUUAGCUUAAAGAAAGUGAGAGGAGGAGAGAGAGAGAGGCGCCCAGAAGAGGGGGACAGGGAGGCCCGGAGGAGCGGCGGCGCCGGCACCCUCCCCCUAUGAAGAAGAGUCCUCCCCCUCACAGAGAGGUCCUGCCAGGGGGACCCCGGCCGGCCCGCGCCACCACCGCCGCCGCCAGCAGGGAGGGGGUAGAGAGCUGAAGGGAAUAACUUUCUCCAAACUGCACGGGUGUUAGAGGAAACCAGAAACUAAAGGCACCAGAACCAGCAAAGACACUUCUAGAGAAAGUGGAGAAGGUAGAGAAUGGAGCUGCAGACUCUACAGGAGGCUCUGAAAGUGGAAAUUCAGGUUCACCAGAAAUUGGUUGCCCAAAUGAAGCAAGACCCACAGAUAUUUUUUCUUUCUAAUCAGAACGCUGAUUUGAAGAAACAGCUCCAUGAACUUCAAGCCAAAAUCACAGCUCUGAGUGAGAAACAGAAAAGAGUGGUGGAACAACUUCGAAAGAAUUUGAUAGUGAAGCAGGAACAGCCAGACAGUAAGUUUCAAAUACAGCCAUUGGCACAGUCAGAAAACAAACUACAGACGCCACAGCCGCAACCACUACAACAGCUACAGCAACAUCACCAUCAACAGCAGCAGCAGUCCACUGCACCCUCUCCAAACGUGAUUGGAUCACAGAAAACUGUAACUACAGCUUCUAUGAUCACCACUAAGACACUACCUCUCGUCUUGAAAGCAGCAACUGCGACCAUGCCUGCCUCUGUUGUGGGUCAGAGACCUACCAUUGCCAUGGUUACUGCUAUCAACAACAAUCAGAAAGCAGUCCUCAGCACUGAUGCGCAGAAUGCACCAGUCAACCUCCAGACAACAAAUAAGGUCACUGGGCCAGGAGCUGAGGCAGUCCAAAUAGUGGCAAAAAACACAGUAACUUUGCAGGUUCAGGCUACCCCUCAGCCCAUAAAAGUGCCGCAGUUCAUCCCUCCUCCCAGACUUACUCCUCGUCCCAAUUUUCUUCCACAGGUUCGACCUAAACCAGUUGCCCAGAAUAACAUUCCUAUCGCCCCAGCACCUCCCCCAAUGCUUGCAGCUCCUCAACUUAUUCAGAGGCCUGUGAUGUUGACAACAAAGUUCACACCCACCUCUUUACCCAACUCUCAGAACUCCAUCCAUCCAGUUCGUGUAGUUAACGGGCAAACAGCAACCAUAGCCAAAACGUUCCCUAUGGCACAGCUCACCAGCAUCGUGAUAGCAGCACCGGGUACCAGGCUCGCUGGGCCUCAGACUGUACAGAUCAGCAAACCAAACAUUGAAAAGCAGACUAUUAAACCACACGUGGAAGCAGAAGAGAAGCAAACAGAAAGUCGUACAGUUACUCCACCUGCUGCACCGAAGCCAAAACGAGAAGAGAACCCACAGAAACUUGCCUUCAUGGUGUCUCUGGGACUAGUUACUCAUGACCAUCUGGAAGAAAUCCAAAGUAAGCGACAAGAGAGGAAAAGAAGAACAACAGCAAAUCCAGUGUACAGCGGCGCUGUCUUUGAGCCUGAGCGCAAGAAGAGCGCGGUCACGUACCUGAACAGCACAAUGCAUCCCGGGACACGUAAAAGAGGUCGUCCACCUAAAUACAACACGGUGCUGGGGUUUGGGGCUUUGACCCCCACGUCCCCUCUGUCCGGUUAUCCUGACUCCCCCGAAAAUGAAAAGACAGAGACCACAUUUACUUUCCCUGCAGCUGUUCAGCCUGUGUCCCUGCCUAGCCCCAGCUCCACAGACGGUGACAUCCAUGAAGAUUUUUGCAGUGUUUGCAGGAAAAGCGGGCAGUUGCUGAUGUGUGACACGUGUUCACGUGUUUAUCACCUGGACUGUCUGGACCCACCUCUGAAAACCAUUCCCAAGGGCAUGUGGAUCUGUCCCAAAUGUCAAGACCAGAUGCUAAAGAAGGAAGAAGCAAUCCCAUGGCCAGGAACUUUAGCAAUUGUCCAUUCAUAUAUUGCAUAUAAAGCAGCAAAAGAGGAGGAAAAACAGAAACUACUUAAAUGGAGUUCAGAUUUAAAACAGGAAAGAGAACAACUAGAGCAGAAGGUCAAACAGCUCAGCAAUUCUAUAACGAAAUGCAUGGAAAUGAAGAACACCAUCCUUGCAAAACAGAAGGAGAUGCACAGCUCCUUGGAGAAGGUAAAACAGCUGAUCCGCCUCAUCCAAGGCAUCGACCUUUCCAAACCCAUAAACUCUGACGUCAGUUCUGUUGCCAUCUCCAACGGCAUGGACUCCACACCUCCCCCUCCCUCUGCCCCCUCCACCUUAACCCCAUCCCCUGCCCAGAGCUGCGGCCUGAACUGUAACAAGGGCGAUGAGACUAAAUAACCCAGCGGAGGCCGGCGAGGGGGCCGGGGGGAGGCCGGCGGCCCGGUAAGGGGGAGAAGAGCGUAACACCGAAACUCUUAGCGACAGCAACACCAGGAUUUCUUCUGGAAAGUGCAGAAUUCUUUAGUUCUUUGGUUCCAGAGAGAGCAAGAGCGUGAAGAUGCUUGUGCCAGGCGGCACCGGAGUUUGCCAAUCGAUCCUUCUUAUUCUGUGUGUACAUGCAAAGUUUGGAUCACGUUACAUGAAUAGUGCCAGCUGGGGGUUCUUUGCCAGCACCAUGCCAAGUGAAAUAAUAUAUUUACUCUCUCUAUAUUUUACACCAGUGUGUGCCUGCAGCAGCCUCCACAGCCACUAUAGGUUUGUUUUCUUUUCGUUUUUGGGGUGUUUUAUUUCGUUUGGGGUGAGGAGCCAGGGAUGAGGGAGGAGAGCAGGUUUCAAAUCCUUUUCUUUGCAGACCGGUUUUGUUUAGCUAGGGGAAAACAAACACAAGUCCAAAGAGCCUGUGGGCUUUUCCUGUUUCUAAACUCUCAGUACUAUUAAACCAAAAAAAGAAGAAGAGAAAUCCAGAAAUAUAAGUUAUCAAAUGCCAGUGCCCAGAAGGGACAAGUCUAUCAAAUGAGCAGUAUUUACUAUUGUUUAGACAGGAAGAUGUACAAAAGGAAAGGAGAUGGACUUUUCACUGAGUAACCAGCACAUAUACAGGCUGAGGAUCUGUCCCAA